UUGCAGUUUCUGAUUUCUUUCGAUAUCUAAAGGUGUUUAUAGUUUGUUUAUACUUUUGCUUAAUCUUAAUUUCUCAUCCAUAGACUUGUCUUUCUUAUGUUGAUGAGAUUCAUUGUUUACAUGGAACAUAAGCUAGCCCAAUCUUGAGGAGCAGGCUAUUUAAUCCCUCUUGUUGAGUACUUAGAGAUGAGAUCCUUAAGCUCCUUGUUGGUAGCAAGGUGAGGAUUAUUCCUCUAGAAUAUUGUCAGUAGACGGCACACCAAUCUUAAGGCCAUAAGAUUGCUUGGUUUUAGGAUGUAUUCAGUGGUAAAGAGGUGUUGUCUGUAAAAAUAUUAGUUUAGUGGGUUGUGGGGUUAUACCAUUUGGUCUCAGGAUCAUAUAGAAAGCAUUACAGCUAGGUGUUUAUCCCUGACAUAUCUAAGUUGGUAUUUUGGGAUUAGUCCUACCACCAUUAAAAUCUUAUCCCCUCUCAUAUCUUUAACUUGGGUAUUAGAUAUGGCAGGUGCACUGAAUGCUGUGAUAACUGGAUUAAGAAGCAGAUGGAUGAUGGCUGUGUCAUCCUUCUUUAUCCUUUCAUUUGCUGGGUCAACCUACAUUUUUGGUCUCUACUCACAAGCCAUCAAAGUAAGUCUUAUGUAUGAUCAAAAAGACAUUGACAUGUUAGCCUUUUUCAAGGACUUGGGCUUAAAUGUAGGCAUCCUUGCAGGACUUAUUAAUGAGAUUUCUUGUCCAUGGGUGGUUCUGGGCAUGGGUUCGGUCAUGAACUUGGGUGGCUAUAUUAUGAUCUGGCUGUCUGUGACAGGCAGAAUAGCCAAACCAUUAAAGUGGCAGAUGUUUAUGUAUCAGUUAAUUGGGGGAAGCUCCAUGACCUUCAUAAACACUGGUGUGAUUGUGACUUGUGUAAAGAAUUUUCCCAGGGGAAGGGGUCUGGUCAUUGGGCUGCUCAAGGGGUUUGUGGGUUUGAGUGGGGCAAUUAUCACCCAAAUAUACUUGGCUACCAACACAGAUGACUCCAGUUUUCUCAUAUGUCUGGCUGCUACACUCCCUACUACUGUUGUGCUUGUCUUCAUGGCCUUAAUAAGGCCCAUAAAGAAGUACCCAAAAGAUGAAAAUGAGAUUAGGAAUUUCUAUGUUUUUCUUGUCAUGGCCCUAGUGCUUGCUGGCUUUCUUAUGGUCUUUAUUUUACUGGAAAACAGACUAAAACUUCCAAUAACUGUGGUUCGAUUGUUUGCUGUAAUAACAAUUCUGACAAUCUUCGUGCCAUUGCUGGUUGUCAUACGCUCAGAGCUUCAAAAGUCACAGUUGAAUGAAGUGGCAACAUUCUCUGACAUGGAAAGAUCAAAGGCAGAUCAAUUCAGCAGGGAGAUGACAGCCAACGGAGCACAAAGUCAGACAGCAGAUCCUUCAACAGCUGUUUCUGAUGCUGAGAAAAAGGAAGUACCAAAUGAGGAGGAGACAAAAUCUGAAAGCAAAUGGCCUGUGAGGGGGCAAGAUCACACUGUUCUUCAAGCACUGAUGAGCUUAGAUUUCUGGGUACUGUUCGUGGCAACAACCUGCGGUUUGGGCUCUACAAUCACUGCAAUAGACAACAUGGGACAAAUUGGGAAAUCCCUGCAAUACCCAAAAAACAGUAUCAGCACUUUUGUUUCCCUGCUUAGCAUCUGGAACUUUUUAGGGCGAGUGGGAUCAGGCUCUAUCUCAGAAAUUCUUGUACAAAAGUACUCCAUUCCCAGGCCUUUCCUGCUAAGCCUGGUUCUGGCAAUUGCCUGUGUGGGUCAUCUCCUAAUUGCUUUUGGACUUCCAGGCUCCAUCUAUGUGGCCUCCAUUCUCAUUGGAAUGUGCUUUGGUGCACAGUGGCCUCUCAUGUUCUCCAUCAUUUCUGAACUAUUUGGGCUUCGCCACUUUGCUAUUCUGUACAAUAUAGGCCAGAGUUCCAGUCCUCUGGGAUCAUACCUGUUUUCUGUUAGGGUUGCUGGGUACCUCUAUGACAGACGUGCAAAAGCAGAAAAUGUGGGGAAGAAUAAUACCCUAGAUGACCUAAUGUGUGUUGGGAGAAGGUGUUUUUGCACAACCUUUUUGAUAAUGGCAGCACUUAGCAUGGUUGGGUGUGCAGUUGCAGGUGUUCUUGUCUACAGAACAAGGCAAUUCUAUAAGCAGGAUAUCUAUCGCAAGUUCAAUUCUGAAAGUAAAGAAGAUAAUAAAGGUUGAGAUUCGCAGGCACCAUUCCACACUGAAACUUCCACUACAACAAGCAAGAGCACCUAAUAAUAUGUACCCCACUCAACAAUUAGAACUAAAAUAGCUCUUCUUUUCACUUGUGAAAAUAACAAACUCCUCGGUAUGAGUGGCUUAAAAUGCCAUUGAAAUGUGCUUUAUAUUUCAGUAAUGGUUAAAAUUAAAAUGGUACGUUUUGUA